AUGCCCUCGCCCCUCCGCAUCGGCGUCCUCCUCGUGGGAACCGUCCAACUCCUCGACCUGUCAGCCGUCGACCUCCUCUACAUGACAACCCCGGAAUACCUACAAGAAUGCUCACUCCCGCAGCCCCUGGUGAAUCUGGGUCGGGCCUGCGAGAUCCACUACAUCGCACACAACGGACCAAACACAACUGUCAACACGACCUCACAGAUGUCCAUACAACUGACAGAUUCGCUCAUAGACUCUUCCGUUUCUCCAGGAAAGCUAGAUCUCGUGCUAAUCCCCGGUCCACCGCCCAAAGCAAUGCCGCCAGCCGAAGAGUACCUCGACUUCGUGCGCGCGCAUUUCGCAGUCGGCACGCCGAUCUUGAGUAUCUGCACGGGGGCUUUUGUAAUCGGGUACUCCGGGAUUGUAAGUGGUCGAAAAGUAACCGCACCGCGGUUGUUGAUUCCUGAGAUGAGGCGGAAGUUUCCUGAGGCAAAGCUGUGGGAUGAUUCGGUCAGGGUUGCUAGGGAUGGGAAUUUAUGGACUAGUGGUGGAAUUACAAACGGAUACGAUCUGGUCGCUGGAUAUCUGCGUGAACAUUACCCUGCUGCUUUGGUGAAUACGAUCCUUGUCGCUGCAGACAUCCCUUCCCGUCCGGCAGCGUAUGCUAGUUCCGCGACGGGUGAUACGUUCUAUGUGCUGUGGCAGGUUCUUCGGGCGUUUCCGGAUGCAGUGGCUCGGUUGUUUAGGGGGAAGUGA